AUGGAUCCCAAUACUUAAAUUAAUGAGAGAUACACAAAAUUGUAAGAGAAAUUAGGUGCUUUACAGUUUGAAGUUGAUACAACAAAAGAUGCAAAAAUAGAUGAAAUUUAUGAUAGAAUCAAUUAAGCAUAAAGUGAAUUGAAAGAUAUUAUUAAUAAUUACAAUGAAUAACUUGUAAGAUUUUCUUGUGAAUAUAGGGAUAAUUGACAAAUUAAUUUUCAGAUCUGAGCAAAAAAUUUGGAAAGCAAAAUGAAUAAUAUAGUUCAUCUCAUGAAAUGAAACUAAAAGAGAUUAGAAAUUUAGAGAAUAAGCUUCAGAAAAUUCUUGAUAAUGAUAUAAAGAUAAAUAGAGAGUAAAGUGACUAAGUCCUUUCAAAUUAUGAUCAAUAAGUACAUUUUUAAAAAUUACAAUAUUAAAGGUUUAAGAUUUACUCUAACAAAUAGGGUAAGAAAUAAAAGUUAGAAAUUAAUAAGUAAAUAUAAUAAAUACAACUCUUUAAAAUGAUCUGCCAGCUUUAUGGUAAUAUAAUGUAUAAGAAAAUUAAGAAAGGGUAAAAGAGGAUUAGGAUGUUGUUAAAAGAGCUAGCAAUGAGAUUUCUAAACUAUAUGAAUAAACUAAUUAAGGAAAAUAAUAGAGGUACAAUUAAGUAUGAGAUUCAUAGAGAAGAUGCAGAAAUGAGUAUGUUUACUAUGCUAAAAGAAGUGGUAGUAAGAAUUAAAAGCGAAUUAGAAGGAGAGAGAUAAUUAAGAAUGGAUGGACAUGAGGCUUUAUUAUCAAUACUUGAAGAAGCUUAUGAAAAAAUGGAAGAAACACAUGCAAAAGUUUAAUAAUAAAAGGCUGCUUUACAAGAAAAAUGA